GAUGACGUAGUACCCACCAGGUGUUUUUUUCCACAAAGUGAAAGUAUCCUCUGCCAAGAAGAUUAGAAAUUAACAGAGAAACAGAAUGAAAUAGUUGCCAUCUACAGAAAAUGUCAGUUAUGCAUAAUGUCACUAAAGCUGUACAUGACCGAGUAUCUAUCAAUAAUCCACAUAACAGCUAUGGGAUUAAUUGUGAAGGAGCUGUCAAUGCCAUGGAUCUCAACAGAGAUUUUUCAAGGGUAGUUGUAGCAGGUAGAAAUGUUUUUAAGAUAUACACUGUAGAAGAAGAUGAUUUCACAGAGAAAUUUAACCUUCGAGUUGGACGUAAACUGAAUUUAGAUUUUAGUGUCUCUGAUGUUGCUUGGAGUCAUAUUGAUGAUAAUAUACUAGCCUCUGCAGCUACAAAUGGUAAAGUUGUUAUAUGGGACUUGAAUAAACCUUCUAAAAGUAAACAAGAUUUUAUCUUCCAGGAGCAUACUCGUACAGUUAAUAGAGUGUGUUUCCAUCAGGUUGAAGGCAACUAUAUACUUAGUGGUUCUCAUGAUGGAUCUUUGAAGAUAUUUGAUAUCAGAAGUAAGAGAGUAGCCUCUACUUUUUCUGUAGGAUCAACCAGUAUACGAGAUGUUCAGUUCUGCCCUUCAAACUUUAAUUACUUUGCCUUUGCAGCAGCUGAUGAGGGUGGAAAUGUACAGAUAUGGGAUAUGAGAAGAUUAAACAGUCCAGAAAAGCAGUUUACUGCUCAUGGUGGACCUAUGUUCUGUUUAGACUGGCAUCCAUCAGAACCAAAAUGGCUUGCUACAGGUGGGCGGGACAGGACAAUCAAGAUUUGGGAUCAUGCUUUGGGAAAGUUACUUCACAGUGUUCCUACAAUAGCCUCUGUAGCCAGAAUAAAGUGGCGUCCAGAACGGAAGUAUCAUAUAGCUAGUUGUUCUUUAGUGAUAGACUUUAGUAUCAAUGUAUGGGAUGUACGUAGACCUUAUAUACCCUUUGCUUCAUUUGAGGAACAUAAAAAUGUUGCUACAGGUAUUGUAUGGAAAAAAGAUGACGGUCAUACAUUCUAUAGCAGUGGUAAAGAUAACUUCCUAUACCAACAUGUGUUCAAAGAUGCAAUACGUCCAGCAGACAAAGUUGUACCUGAUGGUCUAGAUGUCAGUGUCAUAGGACAUGUAACUCAGGCUACUAAAGACAAGACAAAGUCACUAGAGAAGAAGAAAUACUCAAUGUUUAGUAAACAACCAGAUAAGGGGGAUCAGUUUAUUGAUGCUAAAAGUUUUGUUUUCUCCUAUACAAACUGCCAUCAGUUACUAUCUAUGGAAUGGUUUGUGAAUUGUGCUAAGCAGUAUAUUCUUCAUGGAAGAUCUUUUGAGGAAAUGUGUGAGCAUAAUGCUCAAGUGUCAGAUCAAAAUGACAGAUUCCAGGUUGCACAGAGCUGGAGAAUGUUAAAGGCAAUUUAUACAACACCUACUGUCACUAAGAACUUACUUAGGACAGAAUCAGUUAUGUCUAAUGUUAGUGAAAAGCCUAAAGACAAAGUUAAUCAACCAGAUACUCCCAAGUCUACAGAGAAGGAUAAACAAACAAUAGAUGCUACCUCAGAGGAUGAUGAUAUGACUGACACAGAUCUGUCAAGCAUUGCCCGGGGACAGAUUAAUCCACCUGUGGAAUGGGAUAUUUUGUUUGGGGGAGCAGAUGUGGAACAGUCUUUUCCAACAUUUGGUCAUAUGGAAGAUAUUGGACCAGAUUUUAAAUUGCCAAAAGAAGCAUUUGUGCCAAGACAUGAAAUAAAGGAUCCCUCAGAAGUCCCUAAACAAAAUAAUCAAGAUUCACCACCUUUAAGUGCAAAUGAAACUGAAGCAAACCCUUCAAACAACCACAAUUCAAAGGUUAAUGAAGACAUAAAUAUGUUGCUGCUGAUGAAAGAAGUUGAGAUUUCUGAGUUUGUGUUUACUGACUGUGUGGAACAAAUGUUAAAAUACUUUGCAGAAGAGGGAGAUGUACAGACCACAGUAUGCAUGCUAGUGGUUCUUGGAGAAAGAAGACCUAAAAUACCUGUUGAUAUACAGGAUGAUUGGUUUAUAUCUUACUUAGAGUUAUUAGCAAGGUUUAAACUAUGGACUGUAUCAAACACAUUGAUAAAUUUGAGUCAUUUAGGCAGUAUUUCUAUGAUGAAUCAUCAGUCAACAACAAUCAAUGUCACAUGUAACCAGUGUAAUCGUGUGUUGACGAGAGUUGGAUGGUUGUGUGAUAGAUGUAAAUCUGUGAUCAAUUCCUGUGCUGUAUGCCACUUACCUGUGAAAGGAUUGUUUGUUUGGUGCCAAGGCUGUUCUCAUGGAGGGCAUAUAAAACAUAUAGAGGAAUGGUUAACAAUCAGUAAACAAUGUCCUACUGGCUGUGGUCAUAUAUGUGAAUAUACCUGAUAUCUGUUGUCACUCACAAUUCAGAAAAGAUGACCACUGCUCCUUAGUGUGAGGGUUCAGGGAAUAGUUCACAGAACAAGGUGAAGAAAGUAUGAAAGACUGAGUGAGUUAGUGUGUGUAGAGCUCCAACAGGGAAAUGAACUUAUAUGAUUGAUUGUAGAUAAAUAACAUCAAUGAAAUGAAUGUUACAGCAGAGGAAAAUUGUAAUGAUAAACAUUUAUCUAAAUCAGGGUGUAUCAAACAAAUUACCGAAAACAAGAUCACAAAGAUUUUUAUGUUUUAUUUUACAUGUUUAGGGCUACUCCAUUAAAAUGUAUGUGGGAGGGUAGGAAGGGAAGUUUAAUUAUUGAAUGUGGGUCAUGGGUCUUUUUUCAGUAUGCGUCUAUUACCAUUAUGCAAAAUUAUCUAAAAAAUGGUUCUUGGUUGUUAGGAUAUUUUGAAAGUCCUUUCCUACCCUCCCACAUACAUUUUAAUGGAAUAGCCCUUAUAAUAACCUUAAUUAAGGUUAAUAAAAUUUUGUGUUUUUUUUCUUAUGAAUUGUAUAUCUUGUUUAAAAAAAAUUGUUGAUAAACACAUCCACAUUCUAACAAAUAAAUCUCAAGUUAAAUAUAAGAGAAAACAAAGGGCAUGGGGUAUCCAUCCAUGAUACAAAAUCAGUACAUACACAGCAAAAAAACACACAAAAAGCAAAAUACAGCACUUUUAUUGCUGUUCUUCAUCUCAAAGUCACAGUGAGGCCUUCAACAUGGAGUAAAAAAAAAACACCCAAAAAAAACUCCCCUCACUGCAAUUUUAAGACAGCCCCUAGCACUGGUUUGAGCGGAAUUUUUUGAAAAAAAUGACUGUUUUAUAUGUAUGAAACAAAUCAUCAUCAUUAUAAUCGGAAUAAUUAAUUUUACAGAAGUAGUACAAUACAAUUAAGUUAGACACACAGUGUAAUUUUAUUAUGAUACUGUUAAGUCAAGGUUGUUAUUUGAUGAACAUUUUGAAUGGUAAAACUUUGUGUUUUUAAUUACCGUAGGUCCAUUAAAUUCAAGAUUGAUGUUCUAUUUUUACAACCUCUCUUCUUGAAUUAUAAAUAGAUUUUUUGAAGAGUUUAAUGAGCUAGAUGUUUAAAUUGAAUCUCUAUUGUAUACUGAUGCAAGUAUUAUCCUAUCAAGUAUUUUUUUUAAUUGUCGCUACAUUAUUUUACUUACCAUAACUAAUAGAAUUCAGUGUAUUUGAUGAAGAUACAUGUAAAAUGUAUUUUUCUGAUAAUCUCAGAAACCAUUUAGAAAAACAUACUUUAAAGUGGGAAGCAAAAACCCUUUUACAUUGUAUUUAUAUAAAAAAAAAAGUUGCUAGUGAAGGCAACAAGAAUAAGUGGAUGUAAAAUGACAAUUUAUGAGAAAUUUUAAUGGCAAAUAUAUUCAGAUUCCAGAAAGAUGAUUUUUGUUUCACCUGCGGCCAUGGCCACAACGGCUUAAACUACAUGUAUAAAGGUCUUCAUGUCUGUUAGACAGGGUUCACCUGACCCCAACCUCAUUUCAUGGAACAGUGAUCAAAGUUAAGUUUUUGUGGUCAAAUCUUUAUCUCAGAUACUGUAAGCAAUAUAUCAACUAUAUUUGUUGUGCGGAAUGUGUUUAAGGUGUACAUGUCAGACUGGCAGGUUACAUCUGCCCUUGUCCUCAAUUCCAUGGUUCAUUGGUCGGUGUUGUUUUUGUGGUUUGGUCUGUUUUUUCUGAUACUAUAAGCAAUAUAUCAGCUUAAUUUGGUUUAAGAAAUGAUUGUAAGGUAUACAAGUCUGUCUGGCAGGUUACAUCUGACCUUGACCUUUUUUCAUGGUUCAUUGGACAAAGUUAAUUUUUCAUGGUUUGGUCUAUUUUCAGCUCAGAUACUUUAAGCAAUAGGACCACUAUAUUCGGUGAAUGGAAUGAUUGUAAGGUGUACAUGUCUGUCUGACAGAUUUCAUCUGACCUUGACCUUACUUUCAUGGUUCAUUAGUCAAUGUUAAGUUUUCAUGGUUUUGUCCGUUUAUUAGAUGCUAGAAGCAAUAGGUCAACUAUAUAAGGUGUAUGGAUUGAUUGUUCGGUAAACAUUCUGCUUGGCAGGUUUCAUAUGACCUUGACCUCAUGUUCAUAGUUUAUUGGAAAAUGUUAAGUUUUAUGUGGUUUGGUCUAUUUCUCAAGUACUUUAUCCAAUAGGACCACUAUAUUUGAUGUAUAGAUAGAUUGUAAGAUGAACAUUUGUCUGACAUGGUUCAUCUGACCAUGACUGUAUUUUCAUGGAUCAUUGGUAAUGAUUAGUGUUUGUGAUGCUUGUAAAAUAUCCUUCAUAUAACAGACUUCCCACAUAAAUUCAAUCAAGAUAAGUAAAGCAGACGAGACAUUUCAGUGUGUUGCACUGUGUGCACCUUUGUUUAAAUUACACAUAAGAAUAGGUAAUUAAAAAAGAUUAACAUCAAGGUAUAUUAAAAAAAUCUGUGUUGAAAUACACGGUAAUAUUUGGAAAAAUCUCUUCUGUGAUUAUCAUAGGAAGUUAGGAAAAGUUGAUGACUGACUGCCAUGUAAUUAUGAAUCUUACCAAUUUUCUAAGUAAAAACAACUUUAUGCCAUAUAGGCAAUGAUCUACAUCCAAGUGCCGAAGUAAAAGUAGAAUUAUAACAUUUAUUGAGUACAAAAGAUCUUUCAAGUUACUGGGUAAUAAUAUUUUUAUGCAAUUGUUAUUGUAAUGUGCCAAAUUAUUGAUAUUAAAAAUAGAAAAUCAAACAAAUGUAUUAU